ACGGGCGGGAGGUGCGGCGGGAGAGUCCCGGGCGGCUCCCGGCGCUCAGCGGGAUCCCGGCGCUCCGACGCCUCGGGGCCGGGAGGCGUUCUUGGCCGCUGGGGCCGCGGGGCUGUUUUUCAGGGAGGGCGCUGGCUUCCCGGGUGGGAAGGGGCGACGUUCGUCCCUCGGCUGUGGGCGGAGAUGUCUCCCCUCACGUCCUCCCGCCGAUGUGCUGUGGGGGUUGGCGUCGGGGGUGCGAGGGCUCCCUGUCUCACCGCUUUUGCGAUGUUGAUUAUACCCUGCCGAUAUUUUGCUUCCUAAGGUGCCUUCUAGUCUCUUUCACAAGUCUUCUGUCAUUUCUCUCUCCCCUCCCUCCCCGUCUUCCCGCAGUUGGUCGUUAUGUGCUUGGUCACAUGACGCAUUUCGCCUUUUUAACGUGUGCUGAAUGUUUACCAGAAAUCAGUAACACAGCUGGUCCUGUAGAUGCCAAGGAAGAACUCUUGCAUGAAUGUGAGAGUAUUUGGAAGCAGAUGGAAGAGUGUCAGAGCAAGCUAAUGCUUCUAGGAACAGAGACACUGCUACCAUCAGAUGCCAAGCUUUCCUUGUUAAUGCUGCGAUGGAAAGCUUUAACUGUAGAUUUUCAUCAGUGGAAAGCAAGAAAUCCUGAACUAAUUUCCACCAAUCCGGAUGUACUGUUAGAAUUAGGAAAAGAAGAGUUGCAGAAAGUAAAAAAUGAUCUUGAAAUGGUGCUGUCAACAGUUCAGUCAAAGAAUAAACAACUCAAAGAAGAUCUAAAAAGAGAACAGCAGUGGUAUGAGGAACAGAAACAGAUGCUAGAGACUCUUAAUAAAAUGGAAGAAGAGGCAAAUACCCAAGUUGAACAUCCUUCCACAAAAAGAGAACUCAGUGAACUGAAAAAUAAAGUAUUGAAAUUGAAGACCUAUAAGAAAGAACUCUUGAGUGCUUUGGGUGAAUUCCUGGAUGAACAUUUUCCCCUUCCAGAGAGACGUGAAAAUACUAACAAAAAGAACUCUUCGGCAGAGCCAGUUGUAGAACUAAUAACAUUGCAAGAAAUUUUAGAGAUACUGAUAAACACGUUAAUGGACGCACCACAUGAACCUUAUGUAACAAUCAAUGAGUCAUUUUGGCCACCUUAUAUUGAGCUGCUGCUGCGAUAUGGAAUGGCCCUGAGGCAUCCAGAAGAUCCAAACAGAAUGCGCCUCCAAGCUUUUCACAAGUAGUGUGGCCUACAUGUGCACUUGAAAACAAAACAACACCAGUACUCUUAAUUCAGGGCUAGGACAUGCUUAGGUUUCCUACUAAGCUUUCUUAGUAUCAAAUAUCACUUCUUGUUGGAUGAUUUUUUUGCUUUUAUAUUAAAUUGGAUAUAUAAGAACAUAAAAUGUGGGAAAAGAAAAAAAUCUAUUUUAACUGCUUACAGUUGGCCUUCAGUGUUAUAUCAAGAUUUGCAUUAUGGAAGGUUUUUUUAACUGCUUCUGUAAGAUGCCAAUUCAUGUAAUAGACAAAUAUGUUUAACAGUCCUUUUUACUUUAAAAACCAUAUUUUAUACAUUACUUCUAUGGUUUAGAUUUUUUAGAUUGCCUGAAGUUAUCUCUAUUUCCUUUAGUAUUUUCUUGUAUUCUGUAGAGACAAAAUUCAGAAUACCGCCACUCCUGUACAUGGCCUUGCAAACAUUUGGAACUAACAGGGAGGUGUCCUCUCAGGAAUGUGUUAUGCCUUGUUUGUUUCUCAGAGUUUUUGCAAACAAUUUUACUGGCUCCAAGAUAAACACUUAAGAAAGCUGACACAUCUUUCUGUGCAAAGGGCAGCAGAUGUUGAGUCUGCGCCUUUCACUGCACGCUUCCCAAAUGACCCACUUUGUGCUAUGCUAUAUUGCCUUACAGUAUCUUGUCUUCACUUUUUCAAACCUAGUUUAUCAAGGCUUUUAAUGGGUCUCUGUUCUGUUGAUCUCUACAGCUUCUAAGUUAUGUCAGUUGAGAGUUACCCUCUGACUCAAUGCUGGCAUUGUUUACAAUCUCAGUCUUUUCUGUAGCCAUUUUUAUUAUAUUGUAUUGAGUACAAAAAUUCUACUCUUGCUUAUCUGUAGUGACUAAAUUAUCCUUAUUAACCAGAUUGUAGUGUAUUGAGGGAGGAACUUGGGUAAUUUUUUAAUUGAUAGAAAAAUAAAGGCUUGUAUACUAUCAUAGAAUGUUUUGUGUGAUGGUUUUUAGAACAGUGUUUAUGUGAUUUGGUGUGAUGACUUGUAAAGAUGAUGUAAGGAUGCAUGGGAGAGGUUAGGGGGACCAAUCUAAUAUAAGUUCCAGUAUAAUUGCCCUUUUUAGACUAAUUAAAUGUUAAGCAAAAAAGUCAUUAAUCUUGUCUACUUUUGAGUGAAUGCUGAUCAUUUUACCCUCACAACUGGUGAUUAAGCAUGAGUAUAGAAUGUGGUGUGUGCUGUUGUGCCUGAACUUUGACUUCUUUUUGGUUCAUAUUGCUUGUGUAACUAUCUUUCUGUUGUGGUUUAACCUCUCUUAUGAGCUCUAGAGUCUGACUAAUCUAUACACAUUUACCUUACAGUGUUUUUAAUUAAGAAUUUGAAUAACUACAUUUUUGGCUUACAUUUAUAGCAUUGUCUGUUUUGGGUUUUUUCUUCAUUUGUGUUUAAAUGCUUUGUAUUCUGCUAUAAUUUCAACUUACUUAUUAACACUGCUCAAAUACUUCAUUGACGCUGGAUGACUUCUUCUGUUGUGACAUUAAUAAGUAGAAGAAAAAAUGCUAAACACUCUCUAGCCUCUUGUGUUUAAAAAGAAGAAUACCAACCCAUACUACCCACCACCCAAAUCCAAACCCAAACCAAAGCACCGAGGAGAUAGGACAAUCUAUAAACAAUUGCUCUAAAGAAGAUGCAAUAUUCAUUAUUCUUCAUACCAAAAUCAAAUCUCAUCCAAGUAAAAUACCAGAAUAGAUUUAAAUGAAAGCUUUACAUUAAAUUAUGAAACUCACUGCCAUAAAAUAUGUUGUAAGAUUACAUAUGAACUUGCAAAAAAAAACCUUAUGGAAUUCAUAUUUGUGAUUAUGUAAGAAAAUUGGCAGUCAGCCAGUUCAGAAAUCUCUGACCUACUAAUUGUUGGACCUUGAGGAGAUACUUACAGAAAUUCCCUAAGAUCCUCCUGCAGUUCCACAGUAUCUUUGGCAUUCUCUGAAGCCUUUCCCUUAGGCUCAGAUAUGCUCAGAACCCAAAGGUUCAGUUUAGAGCUUUUUCCUCAGGAGGGAUUGGAUCAGUACAGCAGAAGAAAAGCUGUAGAAAGAGAUAAUCCAUUUUCUCUCAUUGCCAGUUUUUAGGAGAAGCUGAUUUAGACUGAAACAUUGCUAGCUGAAAGCUGUAGCUCCUAGAAAAAUUCUGACAAGUAAAUUGAAGCAAAUCAAGGCAAUGAUGAAGAACAGAUCUUCCUUAUGAAAAAAGGCUAGGAGUAAGCUCUUCCAUCAGUACUUUCAACAAUCAGGAACGUUGGGGCAUAUGUCAAAAGAGUAGAGUAAUUUCUCCAUUUUUUCUCUCUGUGUAUGUCUAAGUAACAGUUGUUUGUUUGGAAUUAACACCUCUAUUAAAUGCUAAUAUUGUGACUCCAUGUGCAUUCUAUGAAAUAAGGAUUUGUUUAGCUUACCAUCAAUUUUUAACUCUACAAAGGUAAUGUAAAAAAAAAAGCCAGGAUGUUAAAUGAACAUUUGGAGCUACCAAGCCUGAGUAAGAUGACAAACUGAUCUAUGAGCUGGCAGUGUGUCCUUGUGGCCAAGAAGGCCAAUGGUAUCCCAUUGGGUGCAAAUAGGAAGAUCAAUGCCAGUCUGCCUGUGCCUUUGCUUCUUUCCCUUUAGUUGACCAGCUGUUCCCUACUCAGCCAUGCCUGUCUAGAGAGAAUCAGGUAAACCUAAAUCUGUGUGUUAUAAGCCAUGCAGGUCAAGACAGAUGAUAAUGAUAAUAUGAUAAUAACCUGCAAAAGGACAGAUGUCUUUGAUUUCAGUCAUUGCUCAGUAUGGAAGUAUUGUACUUGGCUGGGUCUAUUUGAUUAGGCCCAUAUCUCUGGAAUAUUGGCUUAAAACCUCUCACAGCUCUGCCUCUGCACCAGAUAAGCAGACAGCUUCUAACACAUGCCAUACUCUCCCGGUAUAGAGCUGGUGGUUUGAGUAUGGUUAAGAGUAAGAUGUCAGUCACAAUGGUGUCACCAGCCAGGGCAUAAUUCACGGACCAGCAGUCACCUGCUAAAUCAGAGGCCAAACCUUGGGGACUGGUGCUUUCCUCUGUGACUGUUUCAGUAGAAAAUCUCACCCCACAGGAGCAUUACUUGCCAUUCAGAUUUGGUGUGGUCUAGACAUCAGACGGGCAUUUACAUGAAGAGGAAAAAAAUUACUCAUUAUACAGUAAUGAUUCUUCUGGAAUGUGUAUGCUGUGCAGAGCCCCCAACUCUUCUUGCUUUUUGGAAUACAUUAGUACACCAAACUUCUUAUUGCGAGGAAAUUGAUCUAGCAACAGCAGCCUUCUUGCACGUAGACUUAUGAGAUUAAGGAAGAGCAGACCACACCUGCCUUCACAAACUCUGCAAAGGGACUGUUGGGACAGACUGACUGAUGUGAUUUCCUAGUGAAAUAACUAAAUUGUUCCCCAGAUUUUCAACUUUUGAUUGUGGCAUAAAAUGCAACUGCUAUAUCUAUCUGCAUUUUGCUGCAUUGAAAAAAAAUCUGAUUUUGAAAGUUUGGCAUAAAAGUUUCUGGAUGUAAAGUUUUGGCAGAAAUAUCCAUGAGAUUUGUUUGUGGUUUGAGAGAGUGCAGGUGAUACUAAUGAAGACUUCUGUAGCUAGUUACAGACAUAUAACAUAACCUUGGAAAAGCAAGCCUAUAUUGAAAUUCUUGAAUGUUCAUUAGUGUUUUGGUAAAAUGAUGCUAUAUUUUCUGUAUCUUAGAUUGUAUUUGAAGCUUUUUUUAAAAAAUAAAAGUCAAAAAAAGCAUG